AUGCAGACCUCGCAAAUGUCGUCUUCAAAGAGGGCAUCACUGUUUCGGAAGCUGGAGCCGCCGUCUCCCAUUUCGUUGAAAGAGCUACCGAAGCGGCCGCAGGAGCAGCUCAUGAUCCCUCAGUCGGCAGACUCGGCGGCGGCUUGGGACGGGCUAUGCAGGAAUGGCUACGGCAGCAUGUACGCCAUCAAGUUCUCUCUAAGGAAAAAGUGGAUCGACAAUGAGAGUCUUCUCUUAUGGCCAACGGCACUUGGACUUUUCACCAUCGGGGUGUGCGGAAUGCUCGGAACUGACGAUUUGCUCGCGUGUUUCGUCGCCGGGAACGCCCUGAACUGGAAUGGGCAAUUCCUCGAGGAAACCGAGAAGCGACAUGACGAGGUCAGCAGCUGCGUGGAUGUGAUCUUGAACUUCGGUGGCUUCAUGUAUAUCGGCACGAUCAUGCCGUGGGAAGCCUUCAACCAACCAGAUGUCACCGGCAUCACGCUUGGUCGACUCUUCGCGCUCGGCUUCUUGGUCCUGCUGUUCCGACGGAUUCCUGCCAUCUUCAUGGUGUACAAGUUUAUGCCCAGGGUCGUCAAGGACUGGAAAGACGCCUUGUUCAUGGGAUACUUCGGCCCUAUCGGCAUUGGGGCCGUGUUCUAUGUUGAGCACACCCGACAUCUGUUCCCAAAACCUGGCGAGGCUCUUACCGAAGAAGAGGACAAGUUGACUCGGGCUAUGAUACCAGUCGUGUACUGGCUCGUGCUCUUCUCUAUUGUUUUCCACGGGCUCUCGAUUCCUGCGCUUGACCUCUUCUACCGAUGGAAGGGCGUACCACCGAUCGUUGAAGACAGCCCCACUGAAGUGCAGGUGCUGUCUACCACCGAGGCCCUGCCAAACAAUGCCUACAAAGACCCGACCAAGCGAGGCAGCAUCAUGGUCAUGAACCGGUUCUCACGCGGCUCCACUAUUCGUUUCCAUUUCGACGAAAACGAUGAGAACAAGCACAAAUCCUGGGAUUAUGUCAAGAACAAGGAUGUCGACGAUAUUCGCCUUGCCAAUAACGUGCAAGGUGUACCCUACUACAAGGCAAGAAAACCAGGGGACCCCAACGACAUUGAACUUGAGGAUCGCAAUGAUUCCGUUGGGGUCGAAGGGCGGCCUAGAGAAUGGGUUUGA